AUGGCAACGACUAGAGCGCCAAACACAUAGGCAACAUGUCCGGGGGAGCGACACGUCGUGAAAAGAAAGAGUAUUCAAAAGUGAAGGAAAACGAGCUAAAGAAAGAUGAAGCUUGUUUCCUCCAGUGGGAGGCAGCGCCACACCAACAGGUCCAAGCGCUGCUGACGAAAACCCGGGACGAACUUCAGCUUGAAAUGACAGAGAUCCUGGGCUUUAGGAACCAUAACAUCUGUAUGAAGGAAGCUGCCCUGCUGGAUUACUACGUCUGUGGUUUCUGGUGGGCAAAAGAGGCCAACUUCACCCCCAUACAGACCUCCUUCACCAUGGCUGUACUGCACAUGCUGCUGGAUAACAUAAGAGAGAAACGGAUGCCUUUAGUGGAGAACUUGACGGAGUUUGCUAAGGCUUUAGGUGCUGUCAGCCAGGGCUGCACUUCGGAAGAAGGCACCACUCCUCUUCUAGACGAAGAAGAAGCCAUGGCGCUCAUAAGUUGCAUCAGAAACAGUCUGUUUCAGAAGUACAGACUCUAUGAGCUUCUCUUCACCACAUCCAGAGAAGAGUUACUGAUGGGCACAGAGAGGACCAUCAAGGUGUUCGGCUGCCAAGGUGCUCUCACUCCACUGGAGGAAGGCAUUCCCACUCACCUCUACUUCCAGUAAGUGGCUCUGCUUCUGGCGUCCAGAGGAAUACAUAAUCGGUCCACACGUCAUCGUAGUCCGCAGUGCUGCUUUGUUUCUCCACCUUUCACCCAACCUAUGUCAUCAGAUCGCUUCAUAAAGUGGAUAAAUGAAUUGAUCAUUCAUUAUGUAUUCAGAUUUUGUAUGGGUCAAGUGUGCAAAAAAAUUAAAUAAAGCAACCCUCUUC